AGUUCACGUUGUUCCUUAUGCCGGAGUCUGUUAUCACAACACCACCUCUAAAGAAGUUGAUCUCGUGGGAGCAGUGGUCCCCUGAGAGGUACGAGCAAUCGCUGAAGGCGAUGGCUAAGGAUGAGGCCACCCUCAGAGGGUGCGGUGCGAUGUUGAGCAGUCUGGGUGUAGCGGUCAUCCCCGAAAGCGACACUAAACCAUUGAAAAGCGCAGUGCUCCCAGUGGCUCUUCUGCCGAGACCAUUUCCCGCACGCCAGUUUGAGUCGGCAUGGAGGCUUGGCAGUGUUAUUACUAAGCUUGUUGAUAACAUUUCUAUCGACCCACAAUGGCUGGUGAACAGCCUUGAGGAGGUGGCCAAAGCUGAUGACUUUACGAGAAGAUUGCUGCAAAUUUGUCGAGCUGUUUACGUUGAUGGAGGGCGAGACCACUCUGAAGAUAUACGAAUUCACCUGAUUCGUCACGAUUACCUUCCUACUACUGUGGGCGACCGUUUGCUGCAAGUUGAAGUUAAUACAGUCUCUGCAGGCUUUGCAGGAAUGGGAACUCAGGUUUCGACCUUCCAUCGAAUGACCGCUUCUGCGGCUUUUGAAGGGCUCAGCCCCACCCAGUUGCCUCCCAACAAGCCAAUCGUUGACUUUGCGGCUGCUAUUGCCGAGGCCGUUGCUGCUUACAAUGAGAAAUUCGGUCGUUGCUCGCAUACUAUUUGUAUGAUGGUUGAUGCUCCUGAGGACAACGAGUGCGACCAACGAUUUUUAGAAUCUGUGCUUCUCGCCGACUACGGCAUCAACGUCGAGCGCCGAACUAUGACCGAUCUUGCCGGCGCGGCUGUUGUAGAUAGCCAGACUGGUGUGGUUUCUAUACCCGCAUUAUUGAAUUCAAAACGAAUGGUUGAAAUUGCCCUUUUUUAUUUCCGGACAGGCUAUGGACCUACUCAGUAUCUUGAUGAUUCGCACUGGGAGCUUCGUGAAAGAUUGGAGAAGAGUAAUGCUGUCAUGUGCCCAUCAGUGCCUCAGCAGCUGACUGGCACUAAAAAAGUGCAACAGCUCUGGUACAGCGAUCCCAGUGUGAUGAGUCGCUUUGGAUUGACACAAGAGGAGGCUAAUAGGAUGCGGGAGCAUUUCGCUGUACAAGUGGACCCCUCGGAGGACAAGGACACCGUCGCUGCGGCGUUGAAGGAUCCGUCGGCCUGGGUAGGGUGA